GUAGGCUGCCGGCUGGACUACUACUGCCAAACGACCAAUGAGGAAGAAGCGGGGCGGAGAACAGUCGAAGGUUGUACUACAGCAUAGUACUGCAAACAGCUGUGGAAGCGUCUUCUGCUUUGUACACACGUUUCGCUGAUCUGGUCAAUGGAUUACACAGUUUCCCUACAAGUGCAACAUCAAUUGACGGUGUUCCCGACACACUUGUACCAGGGUUACAGUUUGGAGUUACAGAUGAAGUCUACAGAAGUGGACCAAGGGCUUUUCACAGACACCUACUGUAAAGUGUGCAGCGCUCAACUCAUCUCCGAGUCCCAGAGGGUUGCCCACUAUGAGAGUCGGAAACAUGCCAAUAAAGUGCGGCUGUAUUACAUGCUACAUCCCGUGGAUGGAGGCUGCCCAGCAAAGAAACUCCGAACAGACAAUGGCAGUGAGGAGGGAGACGUGGACAAGAACAAGUGUUGCACACUGUGUAACAUGUCCUUCACCUCAGCAGUGGUGGCACAGUCACAUUACCAAGGCAAAAUCCACGCCAAGAGACUAAAGCUGCUGCUGGGGGAGCAGCCUGCCAUCACAGCAAAAGAGGCUCCGCCCAGUCCGGUGAAAAGCUCCCCAGAAACGACCCCAGUGACCUCUCCUCGGCAGCGCAGGGACUCGGACCGCUACUGCCAGCUAUGCAACGCCUGGUUCAACAAUCCGGGCAUGGCUCAGCAGCACUACGACGGCAAGAAGCACAAGAAGAACGCGGCUCGCGCCGACCUCCUGGAACAGCUGGGCAAGACCCUGGACAUGGGAGAGAUGAAAGGUCUGAAACGUAGCUAUACCUGUGAAGUCUGCAGUGUCACACUCAACUCUGUGGCACAGUACCAUGCACAUCUGCAGGGCUCAAAGCACCAAAACAACCUGAAGAAUCAGAUAUGUGUCCAGUGAAUCUUGAAGAACAAAACAAACCAUUUGAUUGAUGUCAGACAAGCUGUGUUCAGCUUGCCCCAAUUUUUCUGCCUCUGCCCUGCUUUCUCUCUCUACCACACAAACACACACACACACUCUAUCUCUGUCUCUCUCUAUUGCCCUGCUAGCAUACAAUAGGAGAACACAUUUUUUGUUUUUAAAUGCUUCACCUCCACAGCAUCUGUCUCACCUGUCAACUUAAGGCUUCUGCAGAACUCUUGUCAUUUUGGCCAUGUGAUAAUCGACAUUCCACAGAUUCUGCAUUUCACACCAACAUAUUCUCAGUACUUUUAAAGACAAUGGUCGACGAGAAUAAAAGUGGAUCCAGCAAAGGGGCAGUCCCCUCAAUGCAUGAUGAAAUGAGCGACCUGCAACUUCAUGCUAACUAUGCUUUUGCUUUAGUUGUAAGUGGUUAGAGAGAGGAAGACUCUCAAUGGCAUUUUGGCUUGAGUAAUAAAGUGUUUUUUGUAUUUUACCUGAAAUAGAAUAUGUAUAAGAGAACUGAUAUAUAAGUAAUGUAUUGUUUUUUUAUCUUAUUUAUGAGUAAUUCAUUUUAUUUUUAAAAUGUAUUUUGCCCUCAGACUGUUUUUUUCCUUUAGAAUAAUGUAUAAUAAUAUAGUAAUGUUUGGGUCUAUGCUAUAUAUUCCCAUCUAAUCUCACAGUAACAUAAUAUCCCUGGUGGACAAGUUGGCAAUAAUAAUGACAGUUUGUACAAUGUCAUUGAACAUAAUGGCAUGGUGCACAAGUUGCUUUAUAUAUAAUACAGUAAAAGAUUUUCAUAAUGUUUACAAUUUGAAUCUGAGCUGAUUUAUCUGCAGCUCCAGUAGUCCUGGAAGGAGACCCUAAAUAGGGGAUCUACAGGUAACUGUCUAAAUAAAGGAAACACAAUAAGGUAUAUUGAAAGCAGGUGUAUUAAAAGCAGGUGCUUCCAAACACCUGUGGUUCCUUGGUUAAUUAAGCAAUUAAAAUCCCAUCAUGCUUAGGGUCAUAUAUAAAAUGCCUAGUUGCCCAUUAUUUUUGGCUAAUUAACCCAGGAACCACAGUGACUUUGAAAGAGGGGUCUCAGGAGCAUAGGGGGUUUAAAGGUGUGUGUGUGUGUGUGUGUGCGUGUGUGUCAGUCACCAGAUCUCAACCCAAUUGAACACGUAUGGGACAUGAUAGAAUUCCUCAUUGAGUUCUAGACACUUGUAGAAUCUAUGGCACAUUAAAGCUGUUCUGGCAGCUCGUGGUGGCCCAACACCCUAUUAAAACACUAUGUUUGGCGUUUCCUUUAUUUCGGCGGUUACCUGUAUGUUGUCAGUGUUCCAGGUAUAAACAUGUGUUCUCUGUUCCUCCAUGUGGGUUGAGGUUCAAAUGUGGCCUUCGUCUCAGGGAGGUCCCAUUGAUUACUAUUGUCCAGAUUUAUGAUUCAGAUUCAUGAUUCAACAAAACUGUUAAAAAAAAUGUGUUCACUGAAUUCAUUCCAAUAGAGCCUUUUAGAAUGUGUUAGUAUUACAGCCAAUUGCAGUCGAUUUGAAUCAAACCAUGUUAUUCUGUAAUGGUGUAAAACAUUGCUGUUAUGAUGAUGAUGAUGUCUUAUUCAGAAAUUGAGAGAGUUUAAAAAGCAAUCCAACUUUAAUAUACAACCUUAUCUCAACCUUCUGUAGCAACUCUUUCAUUCUAAUAGUUAUAAGAACAUUAAAGCUAUGUUAUGACAGAGGCUGGUGUUGCCAUACAUUUGACUUAACCAGAGUUUGGUGGUAAAACAGAACUACUAAGCAGGUGUUCUAGUUUGAUUUUUUUUUGUUCUUACUGUUGUAAAUUAAGCAGUUUAUUUGUAAUUGGGAAAGCAGAUGUGUCUGUAUACAGACAUAAGAGUUAUUUAUUAUCCUGUCAGUACAGUGCAGUCAGUGUCUGUCGACAGCAAAAACGUGUUUGAUCAAUAGCCUUGAUAAAUGUGUUAACAGGUAUUUUUGUGUGCUAAUUUAUGAAUAACUGAUCUGUUUGUUUUUAAAUGAGCAAUGUCUGGAAUUGUUAAACCAAUUGAAACCAACCCUUCUCCUCCCUUUUUAAUUUGUUUUAGAUGACUUCAGACAUUUUGGAUUUACUGCUUACACAUAAAAAAAAACACAUCUAAGCAUUUUCAUGCAUCUUAGAGAGAUGGAGUGAGAAAUUCUAAAACAAACGACAAAUCUUCCUGAACUGAACAUUAACUGAAGCUGGCUCAAAUCAGAGCCAUCCGCCUUGUGAGAGGCAAAAAAAAUACAAUAAUGUAUAAAGUGAUUUUAAUAUUACAAACGACUUAAGAUGUGCAUGAAAGAUUUACUAAUUAAUGAAACUAUCCGUCUCAGAUCCACUGAAUUUCUUUGCUCAGACCAAGUCAUAACGUUGCAUUCUGCCCAACUUUGCAUUGGAUCUGGUGUCUCUUCCCUUGAUCUCCAGGGGAACUCCACGUCUCAUACACCCCUACUCCCUUUGUGCUCUCUCUAGGUUAUGUACUCUACGGUGUCUGAAAAACAAUAAAAGACACUUGCAACUAUACUAUA